CCGGGAACUGGCGUUCUGGGGACGGGGGCUGGCGAGGCUCACGCCGGAGGGCUUCGCGUCUGCGGCGGGGCCGGCGUGGGUACCGGUGACCAUGACGGCCUUGCAGCUGCUCAGAGCCCCCUUCCUGUGCGGCCUGCUCUGGGCCUUUUGUGCCCCGGGUGCCAGGGCCGAGGAGCCUGGGGCCAGCGCCUCCCAUCACGGCAGCGUGGGUCUGGAUAAGAACACAGUGCACGACCAAGAGCACAUCAUGGAGCAUCUAGAAGGCGUCAUCAACAAGCCGGAGGCAGAGAUGUCGCCACAGGAACUGCAGCUGCAUUAUUUCAAAAUGCACGAUUAUGAUGGCAACAGCUUGCUCGACGGCCUGGAACUCUCCACCGCCAUCACUCACGUCCACAAGGAGGAAGGGAGUGAACAGGCACCACUAAUGACCGAAGAUGAACUGAUUAACAUAAUAGAUGGUGUUUUGAGAGACGAUGACAAGAACAAUGAUGGAUACAUUGACUACGCUGAAUUUGCAAAAUCCCUGCAGUAGGCUCCACGCCUGGCUCCUAGUUACGUGCAAAUGUGACCUGUGCUAAUGUGAUUGAACACUUUCCCUAAUGCAGAAUAACUCCCUGGCCUCCACUGUUGCCGCAUUUUGGUAAAAACUGGGAGCAGCUCGUUACACUGGGGUGAGAACAGGAAUGAAGAGAGUUUUAGGAGAAGUAAGAUGGAUGUCUGGUAGUCCCCUAAGGGCUGUUAAAGUAGCUUACUGGAGGUGGGAGUGAUUGAAGAAUCCUCGUGAGCCUGUUGGCUAAUCGGAGCUGAAAACUCAGGAACCUGACUGUAGGAUACUGCUAGUGUCUUGAUUUUAAUUUAUGCUGCCUGGAGACUAAGCCAACGCCUUUGCCAAAUGGCCACACACUGGAUGACAGGGAAGGAAUGCAGCCAAUGCCAAAUGGUGCCCCGGUGAGUCCUGCCUCUUCAGGUAUACGCGGUUAGUGUUCUGGCCCCAUGGCCUGCUCGGGUCCUCUCACCCGACAGGUGGGUUUUCAUCAGGCCAGUUCAAAGCCAGCAUGUAAGAAGAAUGUGAGAUACCGAGUUGAGUGGAUCUCGGAGUCCGGGAUUGUCGCCUCUGGUGUUUUGGAAAUGCUACACCACUGGCCCAAGUGAUGAACCUCUCCAGAUUUUUCAGUAUUAUAUCCAACCACUGCUCUUUCCUCCUUUGUUUCUUUUCUGUCUUCUUCAGCCUGGGAGAGACCUUGAGCUUAACAGUGUUCUCCAAAUCAGUAGCCAGUGUUGUGGCUUUGUUAGUGUUUGCGUUUCACUCUUGUUUCUGGGGUUUGGUUUUUGGCUGUUCAGAAGAAACAGUAAGAUACCGUAGGGGGCAAAGGGCCAACUGGUCUACCCCACACAAGGCAAGCCCUUUCACCGGACACAGCUGUUUAUUAACCUGAUAGAGGUUCUGUAUAGAAGGGAUGUUGUGUGAGUUACAUCUCCCAGUGCUAAAUAUGUGAAUUCUUUCAAAUCGGGAAGGGUGAGAAGAGCAAGCUUCAAAGCUGGUUUGCAGUGUGCAUGUCAGUGGUGUUGGGGACAGGAGAGCUGGCGGAUUGCCAUUGCCUUGUUCAACGUGGCAGCCACGCUGUUGUAGAAAACCUGAAAUGAUGGUGGAGUGGAAGGGAGACACGGCGUGAGAUUGGCUGUAGGAUGCAUAGAGACUUAUUUUCUUGAUUAAAGUAUUCUUAUAAGAAAACCUA